CAGUAGCCAAGGUGAUACAUUUCAAUAAUCUUGUCAAAAAAAAAACUCUUAGCUUACAAAUUGAUUUUAUUUUUAAGGCAAUUGAACUAGUAAUAUUCAAACAUCGAGAGUAUUUACUAGUUAAAAAGGGCCACAGAUACACUACAAAAAUUCUUUAAAAAAGUAUAUUAAGAAAAAGAAAAAACCAAGUUAGUUUCAUUAACAUGCAGCUCAUCAUAAAGGUGUUGAAGGGUGGAGAGUGUCAGCUCGAGGUGGACGAAGAGAUCAGUGUGCUUGAAUUGAAGAAGGAAAUCUCAAAAACAUUGAAUAUCCCAGUGCCACGACAAAAGAUCCUACAUGUCGGACGCACACUGCCCGAUGACAAAGCAUUGAGCGCAUUUCAACAGAUAAAAAGCGGUUCCAAAUUGACAGUGGUCAUAAGGGAGCCCGAACCAUUGAAGGAUGUCAUGUGCAAAAUAUUCAAAAAAUAUUACUCGGACGAACAGUCGGAGGCAAUGGCAAAGGAAUUCAUGUUGGACUUGGACAAACGUUUGGAACAAUUGAGCCUGGACGAUUUUGAGCGAAUGGCCGCAUAUUUCUUAGAACGUGAUCGAAAACUGUACGGCGACACGUAAGCCGUACGAAGCGUUGAAUGGAAUGGACUCGAAAUGUGACGAGGUGUUUUUGUUUUGGAAAUGGAAUAGAAAAUUAAGGAAAAAAAUUUAACACAAACUCAAAUUCUGUUUUUUUUUAGUUUCCAUGCUUACGAUUAAAUACUUUUUCACUUAAUUUCAAUGAGCUUGUAAUCAGAACUGAAAAUUAACGGAACAGAUGAUGAUGAAUAAAAAAAAAAUAUCGGAAA